UGAGAAAUUGAACUUCAAUCUCCAUUGAAAGUCUGAACGAGGAGCAGCCUUUAUUUGGUCGUCGUUUUGCGUUGUGAGGAUUUCGAAUGCUGCCAACAGUGCGCUUCUGCGGACCGGUUCAGCGAAUUUACCACCGGUAGUUGGUGCUCAAAUGGGUGGGGGGAAAGUGCUGGUUUGUUGACUGGAUAUUGUCCCGCAGUGAACGGGGAAAAAGAUCUAUGUACGACGAUGCAUAUCGGUCGUCUCUCGUCGGUCUGUAGGUCAUCGGUCGUAGCUUACCGCCUCGCGACAUGUUUGGCUCAGUUUCAGUGCUCCUGGAUUAGGCAUUGGAAGUGCCGUUGGGCGUCGCCGUAUCCCCGGGGAUCUUCGCGUGGCAUUCGUUUUCGUUCUUGUUAUCAACUGGUUUGUUUGUCUGUGAAAAGUGAGCCGUUGCAGUGGAAAGCUGUUGAUUGAAGCCUGAAUAAUAUGGUUAAAAAAGGAAGAAGGUUUUUUUUCCCGUGUAAUUAUGGUGUGCUCAUUUGCAAUGUCGUGCCAGGGGAAAAAUCUGGAUGAUAGAUGAGUGUUUACAGGAGAUUGAGGAUCUAGGGAGUGCGCCGUGACAUGGAAAGUGUUUGCAUGAGAGGUGUUGUCAAGUGAGUCGUUAAGGAUAACCAUACGAUAGAAAUUUCACACUGCUUUCCGUGUGUUGCUGGGCGAAGCAGAGAGCAUACGGUCGAACGUGAGGGUGAAAUCGUCUCGCCGGAAAUUGGUACUCGAGCAACGAGUACCAGGCGAGAUUUCUAGAUUAGAAUGAAGAAAAAGGAUAAAAUAACUGUGAUGGAUAUCGUGCUACUUUGGGCACUAAAGGCGGUGAAGCAGUUCAUAGAUCUGAUAAACAGUUCCAGCAGCGACCCGCACCGAAAGGUGGUCACACCGGCGAUCGCGACCAAGUUCCUGCUGGCACGCAAAUUCGACAUUCCCCGGGCCGUGGCGCUCUACGAACAGCACGAGCUGAUCCGUCAACGCGAAGAACUGUACGGAUUCGAUCCGCUUAACGACCCGCUGCGGACGGAACUCGAGACGGGGAAGUUUACGAUGCUGCCGGGACGGGACGCUAGUGGUGCCGCGAUCGCACUCUUCACUGCCAACCUACACUACCCGAUGACGGUCACACACAAGACCACCCUGCAGGGGGUAGUGUACCAGCUGGAUGUCGCCCUGCAGAGUGCCGAAACGCAGAAGGCCGGUCUGGUGUUUAUCUACGAUAUGAGCACCUCCAAGUAUUCCAACUUUGACUACGACCUGUCACAGAAAAUACUCACACUGCUUAAGGGCGGCUACCCGGCGAGGCUGAAGAAAGUGCUGAUUGUGACCGCCCCGCUCUGGUUUAAGGCCCCGUUCAAAAUUCUUCGGCUGUUCGUACGCGAGAAACUACGGGAGCGGGUGUUCACUGUGUCGAUACCACAACUGAGCCUUCAUGUGCCGCGUGAGUCGCUGCCGGUUCGAUUAGGCGGAACGUUGGACAUCGAUCAUUCCUCAUGGUUACUUCAUUGCUACAAAUCGAUGACGAAUCGUGAGGACGAAAUAAUCGCUGGUGUCGAUCAACAGCAAAAUAAUACAUCCCAGAACAACAGUGGCAGUACCAUGGGAAGCGGUGGAACAACGACAGUUACAACAGCCAUCCUUGAUCCACAUCUGACAGGGGACGUGAUGGCCGGUUCAACAGAUCAUUAUGUCUCCAGUCACCAUCGGUCACCCAGCAGCAUUGGCGUCGAGGACAUCUCGGACCUAGCGGUGGCCGUAGCGGCCGGUGUUCACCACCAUCAUGUGCAUCACAGUCAUCAUCACCACCACCACAAUACCAGCAGCAGCGAGCUGUGGAACGAGAAUCCACCGAGCAGCGCAUCGUCUGGCUUCAGCGAUGACGACAGUCUGGCCGGUGCCGAGGGUGAUCCAAAGACAAUAGAACAGAUUGUACAAAUGGUGCGGGAGUUGGGUAAACAGGGACUGAUACGAGAGUACACUGAUAUUAAGGCACGCGCACCCGAAGGUACCUUCACACACGCAAAGCUGAGAAACAACUUACCGAAGAACCGCUAUACAGACGUUCUGUGCUACGACCACAGUCGGGUUGUUCUAUCCCAGGAGGAUGACGAUCCGACAUCGGACUACAUCAACGCCAAUUUUGUGGAUGGUUACAAGCAGAAGAACGCAUACAUCUCUACGCAGGGCCCAUUGCCGAAAACUUCUUACGAUUUUUGGCGAAUGGUUUGGGAGCAGCAUUGUCUGGUGAUAGUGAUGACAACCCGGGUGAUGGAACGAGGACGGGUAAAAUGUGGCCAAUACUGGGAACCUAACGAAGGCAAUUUUGUGGAGUACGGUUGCUUCCAAAUACGAACCAUGGCGAUUGAGGCGAACGAGGACUAUACAGUCGCGGAGUUGGAACUGAAAAAUACUAAGACUGACGAAGUGCGUUGCGUUUCCCACUGGCAGUUCACCAGCUGGCCCGAUUACGGUGUUCCCGCGUCGGCACGAGCUAUGCUGAACUUCCUGCAGCGUGCCCGGGAGAAGCAGGCCGAUAUGGUGAAAUCACUCGGCGAUAUGUGGGCUGGCCAUCCCCGUGGUCCGCCGAUUGUUGUGCACUGCAGCGCAGGAAUCGGUCGCACCGGCACCUUCAUCACACUGGACAUCUGUAUAUCCCGGCUGGAGGAUGUCGGCAGUGCCGACAUCAAGGGGACGGUGGAAAAGAUUCGUUCGCAGCGAGCGUACUCGAUCCAAAUGCCGGAUCAAUACGUGUUUUGCCAUCUGGCACUAAUUGAGUAUGCACUGUCCCGUUCGCUGUUGAAGUCAGCGGAUUUGUCCGAGUUUGAAGAGCGAGACGAAGACUCCGAUUAGAGAGAAGAGAAUGUAUGUACGUGGUAUGUAUAGGCUAUGUUCGGUUCUUGUUUCGAUUACUUUCCGUUUUGUGUAGGAUUUAAGUGGGGUGAACGAAGGAUAGAGAGAACAAGAUUGUGCGUUCGUAAUAAAUGAGCAUGUUUUAAAUCCUUAGAUAAAAACAAUAGAGAGAUGGAACUAUUUUAAACUUCUGAGAGACAAUGUUUAGAGAUCAACACCAUAAUGGACAUUUUUUACGCUAUUUUCGUUCGAAUUUUCCAUUUCAUUCGAGCAAACUCUAUCGUUUAUUGAAAAGCCAACCAGUAACUACCGAGCUAUUUAGUCUAUUUUGCGUAAGAAAAGAUCAAUCCCUCUUGGUUGAAUCAAGAUUAUCACAAUUCGCUACCAAUUUCUCGCGAUUUUUCCGCCGAGAGUAUUUGUAAAUAUGAAAUUGAAUUAAUGCUACUCUUCCUCUGAACGAGAAGCAAAUCUAAUGUUAAAAUAACCAUAAGUCGUUUCCUGAUUGAUUUUGCGACAGGAAAAAAAUGUUAUUCGAUGCGAUCGAAUGCAAUUCCCCGCUCUACAUUUUUACAACACUCUGUUUCGAACUCAACCGAAAAUUCAGUAAAUAGUGUCUUUCACCUCUUAUUUAAACGAGUAAUUACGGAGAACAUUUUUGUAAGCUGAUACUGUUCAUUUCGUCCUAAGCAACAUUGUUUGACAAUGUUUGUGAACCGUGAAGAGGAGAAAAACAGCUGUAUUCGUUUUAAAUCGAACCGAAUAGAAAAUUAGAUUUCAUUCCUAAUUACCAGUGCCCAAACGAUGUAGAAUCAAGUCAUUAAACUUCAAAUUUAGGAAAAGCAAAAAACAAAAAUAGAUGAAAGAGCGAACUAAAAAGAAAUUGAUAUUCUCGCUGUCGAGUAAAGCGCUAUAUUUUACUACUAACAGUACGAGCAGUCCAGUAGAAAAGUGUUCGCGUGUGUGUGUGAUAGGGAGAACAAAACAAUAAAGAAGAAGAUCAUUUAUUUUGACUAUUUAUUUUUAGAAACUUAGUAGAACCGAAUAAAGUACGUGGUAGUGGUAGAUCAUUAAACCAACAGUGUUGAGCGGGGUAUCGACUCUGGGGCAACAGAUUAACACUGGCGAUAAAUGCCAACAUCAAAUCAAUUUGAAUAUUUGCCAUUUCAGAGUGUAGUUCUAAUUGGCGCGAACAUACUUCUACCAUCCUUUUGCGAUACAAAAUAAAUGAAAUUAUGAAUGGAACGGAACAUUUAAAGUAACAGAAAGCAGAUAAUUUUAGUGAAAUUAUUACUAACAAGGAUCAAAACCAAGUAACUGAUAUUAAAACUUAUAAGUCUAACUAAUACUACAUUAUUUCAAUGGCAAAUGAAGAAAUGAGCAUAGAUUUGUAAAUCACAUUUGUGCAUCAGCAAACAAUGCAAGCAAACCGUAUUAUCGUGUUUCAGACACAUACACACACACGCAGAAGGAAAUCAUGAGUAACAAAGAAAACAAAACAAACAAAAAUAAAACCAACAUCAGAUAUGUAAAGCCGUUCGUCUCUUAGAACUUCAAUUUGAUAGUAAGAGUAAAAGCGUUUUCACAAUACAUAAAUAACAACACAAGUCGCAUGAAUAAGUGAUCUAGUUUAGCUGUUUAUUUAUUGGGUGGAUUAAUGAGAAACGAGGAAACCUGCACGAAGGAUAAUAAAUCGUAUCUGCGAGAAGAAGAGUGGCAGAAUUUGUUGUCAUAAUGCAAUGAAAAGAAUAAUCAAUAAUGGAAAACACAUGUGAGAAAAUGAAAUAUAACCUACUGAAAGGAA